AUUGGCGGAAUAAGGAAAUCUGAAUCUAUAUUGUCAUGGCAGCCUCCAAGGGUGAAAUUCCUUUUCACAAGAUAUAGAAAACGAUACUUAUGAUUAAAAGAUCAUGGCCGAAUGCCUCGACAAUAACCCGUCCGCACAGGAGGAAGAGGCUAUUUAUCAUGAUGAUGAGCCGUAUGUUAAGAUUGAUCCACCGGGCUCACACCAAGAAAAACCUGGCCAUAUUGAAACUGGGCUGACGAGAUGGCAUUGUACACUCGAUCCAUUAACUAGUGAUCAGCAAGCUGAUGCAGGAGGAAAUGAUGCUCCCGAUCCUGCAAACACACGAAUAGGUGAAUUGAUUCUUGCAGGAGUAUGUGAGCCAGAGACUAUAUUACCUCCAAUACCAACCAAACCAACAACGGCAAAUUUCUAUCUUUGGAUCCGCGGAAAGCAUCGUGUCGAAGGGGCAAACCUCCACAUUGGCCCAGAAGAAUUUACAUUACCUCUUUUACCAGUUGACAAAUCAUCCCAGGAGACAAAUCUGUGGUAUAUUAGUUUGAAGUUUGGGCAAGAUCCAAUCAAAUGUCAAUUAAAAUAUAAAUACAGUUUGCAUAUAGGUGGUUAUGAUUGUAAUGUGCCUAUGUAUGGCAAGAUCGAGUCUUUCAGUACAAAGCCCCAUGAUGUGAAAGAGGGUAGUGAAAGACAGAUGGCAAGCCAAGUUCACUUUGACGUCUUUCAUUUUCCUGACAAGAGACGCCAUGGAGAUAACACUUUUUCAAAAGGAGUAAAAUUUUACUUGAUGUGGCUCUUGGAAUUUGUAAAAGUUUCCAUAUUUUCCGACAUUCUUACCUACCUUCGAGGCUUCAGUUCCAACGUCUUUGGUUUCAAGAUCCUGACCAAAAAACACGUGGAAAAACUGGUCUCUUGGAUUGUGGCAAAGUCUUUAGAAAAACCUGUAACGGAUUUACAACGAUUAUACUUAUGUAUGGUCCUGAGCUAUCUAAAAAGCUGUGGUCCAAAAAUGUUUAAUCUACAGCCGCAUAUAAAGAACAAAAAGUUUUUUGACGCAUUGCUUAAGUGUCUUAACAAUUGCGCAGAUUUCAACUUCCAUCAAGAUUGCCAGAUUAUGCAUAAAAUUGCUGAAAUUUUGGUUGAAAACAGCAGCAGUCCACGAUGGCUUACUCUCGCAGCACAUUUUUAUCCCUAUCUGUUAAUCGGAUUCAUUAUCCACGUCGACUCUAAAAAACGUCUUAAAAUCACUAAAGAUUGCGAAGAAUUCAAGAAACUUGUAGCGCAGCUCUUUUCGCGUUUAAAAGUGGAAAAUAAGAAUGAUCAGGCCGAUCACUUAGGAUUACUAGAACGGAUACUGGAAAAUGCUCCAAAUUUGAUCGCAGCUAUGAAUCUAUCAGAACAGUUUGAAAUGCUUGAGUUGUUUGAUUCUGAGGACGAAAAAGUCAAUUUCUUCGCGAAUCAUUUUGAGAAAGCCGAGUGCAUGACCGAAACAAAAAAAGGCUCACGUGCGAAACUGGAUGUAUUUCAGCAAAUACCGAAGAAGAUUCUUAACAAGAUUCCAAAACUGCUGCAAUCGACAUUGCUUGAUUACAGCAAAUCAUAUGACAAGUUAAAAGACUCAGAAAGGGACGUUUUUAAUAAACUUCUUCUUUCUAUGAAGGAUCCUGAUGUGAAGCAACUCACCCAAAUACUGACAUAUCUUUCCAAGUCACUUUCCGGUCAAGAUUUACUAAAAGAAGUUCUAAAUAAGGAUAAUUUCAAGGAAAGUUGGUCGAAAAUUGAACAUGAAAAGAAGGUGAACAUUUGUGAAUCGUGGAUCUUCAGGAAGUGUAAAAUUAGCAACGCGAGCGGUCUUAAUUUGGUUUUAGAAGUUUAUAAAUGCAUCAACGAUGUAAUGCAAUUUCCCCUUAAUGUUUCCAUGCAAGAAACUCUCGCUCCAGAGGUCCACAAACGCGUGGUGGAAAGUGUUAUGACAAAGAAUUAUGGCAUUUCUGUUCUUCAAGCUUUUGUUCAUAUUGAGAAAUUGAUCCCCGCUGUUCAAAAGUGCUACAUAUCCCACGUAAAGGAAACAUUGACGCGUGAUUUGGUUAAGAAGUCAAUCGAUUUUUUGAAGGAAAACGUAAACAGCAGCAGUCUCAGUCAACAAUUAUUGUUAUGUAUUUUGGAAAUAAUUCAUCAACCAAUGGUUAACAAGAAUGGUAUUUUCAGUGAAAAGGAUUUCAAACCAAUUUUAGAUUGGUGUGAUGUUUGGAUUAUCUUAUUCAAAGCAAACGGAGUGUUCGAGAACUCGAAAAAAUAUCAAAAUGGAAAAUUACUUAGCCAACAGCUAGCACAUAACAUUUUGGUGGGAAACAUUUCCCCAAAAUUUACACAAGAACUGGCCGAAGUGAAGGAGAAUGUUUCGAAAUUGUGCGCUAGCGUAAACACCAAAACCAGAGAGUCCUUCGAAGAUCGGAUCGCAGAAUUAAAGUCUGUUGUAAAAAGUUUCCCUCCAAAAUUUCAAUGUUUAGAACAAGCGAUAAACUUUGGGAAGAAACUAUCACAUGAAGUUUAUCCUGCUUCUGAAGUUGUUAAUAUCGAGAAUAUUAUGGAGACCUUCAAUAAUCUUCGGACUAAAUGGCGUGAACGAAAAGUUAAUGAAUUGCAAAAUGAGACGUUUUGGGGAGCCUUACUUCCUUUGUUAGAAGCAGCUCAAACAUUACAACCUUUGGUAAAUUCAAUGUCGUUUAUGGCCAUGGCUAAAAUAUGCUUAGAAUCCCAGAAAUCAGAUGAAAGCACGAUGGUAAAUGACCUUAAUUCAUUGAUGGAAUUUUUAACAACUACAGCGAUUGAAGGGUUUAAGGCCCGUUGGAUUUUUGUGCUAAAUGAUCCGAGGUCGUUUAUUGUGGGUGAAAUGAAAUCGAUGCUUGGAACUUUAGAGGAAGGAAAGAAAGUUGAUGAGGAGUUCAAAAUGCUAGAAGAAUUCUUCCAAGAACCAUUCACCAGCAAGGUGAAAGUUUUCGUCCGAAACUGCCUGGCGUAUCAGAGCGCCUAUGAAGCGACACAACACAUUAAUGACACGCUAGAGAUUUUCCAAUUUACCCACCUAUCUGAGAGAGAUAAGUCAUGUCUUCCGAAAUUUCCAACAACACUGGAAAAUGUCGAGGCACUCACUCUAGAAGAUUUGGACGAACUUAUGGCAGAUUUCAGACAAAAAAUAAAACAGUUUUCGGGAGAAGGCCUAGAAUGUGUGUUCAAGGAGCUAUCGUGUUCCAGCGAACUUGUUAGUUUCAUGGAGGAAAUUGUUGAUGAUGACAUUCGUUUCCUCAUCGAUGCCGUUGAAGAACAUUUUGAUCAAUCUGUAUCCGAAUCUUCUGUUUCAGACCUUAUCGUUGUCCAUGGUUUUCUGGCGCCUUUGAUUAAGAAGAAAAAUAACGAGAAGCUAGAUGUGGAGGAAUUUUCCAGCAUAUUAAAGAAAUCUCCGGUUCGUCUGGAAGAUAUAGCAGGAAAGAUCAAGCAAUGUAGUAUGAACGUGAACAGUCUUCGUGGAUUGUACACGAGCAUUGCAAAUCGAGGAGAGAUGACUAAAGAAAUUAUUAGUAACUGCCUGAGCAGAGGAGAAUAUUGGGUGUCACAGGAAGACGGAAAGUGCGAAACUAAGAUGAGUUAUGAACCUCAGGGAAGCAGCAAAGAUAAAAAGUAUUAUUCCCUUCCGGAACUACAUGAUUUACGAAGUCGCGCGCAUCUUAUUGCCACCUCUCGUAAAAAUACCAUAAAGGCUACAUCCAGUGGUUUCAACGAGUGCAGUGAGGAUUCUUUGAAACGCGACAAGAACAUUGAUUUUGAUAAGUUUAUAAAUCAAGUUAACUUAUUGACGGAAAUUUCUGCGCUUCUAUCGAUAUUGCGUUCAUCUGGAUGUGUGAAAUAUGAAAACUUUGAGGUGAAUAUCAAGGCAGCUGAUGAUCUUAAGGAAUUCAGAGACAACCUAUUAGACCAUAAACGAAAAUGGGACGAAGCACUAGAAGGCGCGCGCAAAAAGUAUUACUUCCUUAACUACUACCGCUCUGACCAAAUCCGCACAAUAUAUUAUUUUUUAAUGGAUGAAAGGAAUAUGGACGGAUCGAAGGUUAAUUGUGACGAGGUUCUUUCGUUGAUUCAUUUUGUUGACCCAGCUAUAACUGAACAGAAGUUGAGAAAGCAGCAAGACCAGCAACAGAAACCAUAUUUAAAGGACAUUGCCAAGCCUAAAUCAUUGCCAGAGGCUGUUGGCGAGGCGUUGGAAAAACUUUUCAAGCAAUCAGAACCUGUCGUUAGACCAAUAUCCUACGGUUGUCAAAAUCAUUUACAUUCUAAGGAGGCUAAAGUUAUUCCGGGAGAGAUUUUUGUUGUCUGUUUGGAGCUUAAAAGUCCGUUAACUGCCAAUGUAAUCCUCACUCUGUACGAGAACACGUCAAAUGCAUUUCCUGAACCGUACCAAAUUGUUUUCUGCAGUUCCCAAACAACGUGGGAGGAAAUACAUCUUCUAUUGCAGAGAUGUUUCACCCAUUCAAAAUACUGUCAUGGAAAAUUGUUUUGUAUUGCGAAUGUGGAAUUGCUGCCCAAUGAAUUCCAGUUUAGAUUGGUCAAUGCACUCAGAAAGAAACAAAAUUGCCAACGAAAUUCUGGGGCUAUGAAGAAUUAUCAUCUUGCUUUGAUUUGCCGUGGUGGUGACCAUCACCACAUUGUGGAACAGUUUGCCCAAUACACCCACCAUAUCGCCAGCAUGACAGAUCUUGUUCUCGAGAAUCGCAUCCAAUUCGGUUGGCCUAAUGUGAAAGUCGUGACCUCAACCCUUCCAGGCCUUGGAAAAACAGAAAGAAUCAAAAGCGAAGCACUCAGCAAACGUAUGAACGUCGCUACAGUCUCAAUUAGCGGUCCCAUCGAGCCAAGCAAACUUAUCCAGCGUUUAAAGAGGCUCACGAUCUAUGAAGAAUAUCACUGUUUGCAUUUGGACAUUGUUGAAGUAAGUGAUCCAUUGACAUUGGGCAUAUUCUUAUUCCAACUGAUUGUCACAGGAACGGUUUCAACUGGAAAUCAAUUCUAUCAUCUACCAAUACCACACGUCUACAUUGAAAUAGCGAAUACGUUCAAAAAUUGUCUUCGGGAGUCAAUGGUGAUAUUAAAGUACUUCACUCGUAUUCAUCUGGAGUGGCAGAAUUACAAGAAUCUUUUGGUCAGCCCUGAGAUUACAAGUGAUAUUCAAGUUACUUGCCAGUAUUUAGAUAUCUACGACCGAUCAUGCCUUGAAUUAGAGGAAUUCAGUGAAUCAAAAGCGUCAUUGCCAACUGGUCGUUGUCAAGAGCUUCUUGCCAAACAUUAUUCGUCCGAUGCAGACAUCAGCUUUACAACGCUCCACACGUUCCUAGGAGUUCUGGCUGAUCAACUUUCAAGGUUAUCCAACAGCACGUUUUUUAAACCUGCACAAAUUAAAAAUAUGAUUGGUGAAAACACUCAGGGUGUCCGCACAAACCUUUUUAAAGCACUUUUGAAAGUAUCAAAAGAAUUCGCAUCCCGAGCCAUAGCGAUCUAUCCACUUAGAGAUCCAAAAAAUUGCUCCCAAAAAGCGUCUGUGAAAAUCUUUGGAGAAUCGUCGAUGUCAACUGGCAAAUCAGCGAAAAACAUGGUUGAACGAGUUGGAGGAAUGAUACAGUGGAAAGACAGCAACCAUUUGAUAGUCGUGUUUCAUGGUCUAAAUUCGCAAUCAAUCACUGCCAUGUAUCGGGACAGCUCGCUUGUUCCCGAAAGUGUGGAAAAUUUGUUAAAGAGUCAAGAUGUGAGAGGAACUGAGGAUCUCGAGGACUUUAACGACUUCACUCAAGAACAACUACAAAGUAAGUUGGAAAGCGUUGUUUGUACGAAGCCAGUUGUAAAAAACAAUUUAUUCCCAAGUUAUGCGUUGACUCCAGAUAACAUCCUCAAAAUGAUGUUAAUCAUAUUACGGGUCCGUGCCAACGUUCCAGUUAUCAUCAUGGGGGAAACAGGUUGUGGAAAGAGCAGUCUCGUUCGUUAUUUGGCUAAUACCUGCGGUGUAAAGUUAUGUGAAUUCAAUUUCCAUGCUGGAAUAACAGAAGAAGACAUCCUUACAUUUAUCAACCGGCAAAACGAUAGCAACGAAGAAAUGUGGAUUUUCCUGGAUGAAAUAAACACGUGUGAUCACUUAGGAUUGAUCAGUGAUAUUAUUUGCCAUCAUUCCUUGCUUGGAUGUCCAUUAUCCGAAAAUCUUGUUUUCCUAGCAGCUUGUAACCCCUACAAGCUCCGUCCUGAAGGAGAUUUAAAGACAGCUGGUCUCGAAGGCAAGAAUAUCACUGAUGAGUAUUCUGAACUUGUUUAUCGUGUUCAUCCACUACCUGAAGCUAUGAUUGAAUAUGUUUGGGAUUAUGGCUCACUAAACCCAGAAGAUGAGCGAAACUAUAUUAAGAGAAUGGUGAGAGGCCUGCCAGAGGAGUAUAAAGAGAUGCUCGUUGAUUUGCUAGCUGCUUCUCAAAAUUUCAUUCGGAACGUUGAAAAUAAUUACUUUUGUGUCAGUUUACGGGAUGUGAACCGUUGCAUUCAUCUGAUUAAAUGGUUUGAAGAUAUGUAUAAGAAGCGUCAAGAACUCAAGGAAAAAAAGGUUGAAUACCCCAGCCAUCUUCAACAGUACCACUCGAUUACACAACAGUACAAAAAUGAUUCGACGAUAAAGAGUAUUGUCCUCGCUCUUGCACAUUGUUAUUUAUCCAGAUUACCAACCGCAGAGUUGCGAAAGGAUUACCGAGAAAGUAUGAUGGACAUAUUCAGCCAGAACAAGAUACAAAUGACCUACGAUGCAAAUGAAGACACUUUCGCAGCAAUUGUACGUAUGGAGGAAGAAGAAUACUUACUUCGGAUGGAACUCCCCCCAGGAACAGCAAGAAACGCUGCACUUCGUGAGAAUGUGUUUGUUAUGCUUGUUUGCAUCUUAAACCACAUUCCUAUCUUCGUAGUUGGAAAGCCUGGCUGCAGCAAAUCAUUAUCCAUUCAAUUGAUUCGAAGCAACCUACGCGGACGUGAUUCACGAGAUCCUCUAUUCAGACUGUUGCCACAACUUUACGUCGUCUCCUAUCAAGGUUCAGAAGCGUCCACAUCAGAAGGAAUCAUCAAAGUGUUUGAAAAGGCACGAAAAUACAAAGACUACAACAAAGAUGGAAAUGUUUUGCCUGUCGUUUUGUUGGAUGAAGUGGGAUUAGCUGAAAAUUCAAAAUACAACCCUCUUAAAGUUUUACAUAGUUUGUUGGAGCCCGGUAAAGGAAAAUUUCCAGAUGUUCCUGUUGUUGGUAUUUCAAACUGGUCGUUAGACGCUGCCAAGAUGAACCGAGCAAUCCAUCUGUUCAGACCAGAACCAUCUAUAGACGAUCUGAUUGAGACUGGCAAGUCGCUGACACUUGACAAUAACUGCCAAUACUUGGGGGAGAAUGAGCUGAAAUGUUUGGCCGAAGCGUAUUUUGAGUAUCAGACCCAACAAACCCAUGCUAAUUUCCAUGGACUUCGUGACUACUAUUCCCUGAUUAAGAAUUUGACUCGUGAUAGUAAUCAGGCGGGUAUUGUUAACAUUUCACUACAACGUAACUUUGGUGGUCUUCCUGGUGAAGUAACGAACAUUCAGAAGAUAUUCCUACACAAGCUAAAGAACUUCAUGACUUUAGGAGAUCAGGAGAUUUCUCCAGUGACCGAUCUGAUCCUUGCAAAUAUAAAGGAUCCCAACGCUCGUCAUCUGAUGCUCAUAGGCAAUGGAGACUCGAUCAUUGAUAUUCUUAAGCAAAGUCUAGCUCAGCUUGUAAAGGAGACAAUCACAAUUUUUGGCAGUCGUUUUGAAGAAGACCUGUCUGAGGACUACAACUACAGAAUUCUAAGUCGUAUUAUUCUUUGUAUGGAGAGAAAUUGCAUUCUAAUAUUAAAAGAUCUCGAAAGCAUCUAUGGAAGUCUUUACGAUAUGUUAAACCAGAAUUACACAGUGGUGGGUAAAAGGAAAAACUGUCGUGUAGCUCUUGGGGCCUACAGCAACCCAAUGUGCCAAGUGCACGACGAAUUUCGUUGCAUUGUGCUCAUUGAUGUUGACAAAGUGGCUUUUUCUGAUCCGCCAUUCCUUAACAGGUUUGAGAAGCAACUUUUACGAUAUUCUGAUGUACUGACUGAGGAACAGCGGAGUGUUACCUCAAAGGUCUCUCGUUGGGUCGAUGGAAUGUCUACAGUGAAAGGUUUGGAAGCACAUUUUGACGAAACAGAUAUGUUCAUUGGUUUCCACAAAGACACCAUCCCAUCCCUGGUUUUAUCACAUAGUCAUGACACAGAUAGCUCAACAGACAUUUUGAAGAAAUGCAAAGAUGACUUGAUGUGGGUUGCCUCACCUGAUGGCGUACUUCGAAUGCAAAAAUGCAACUUUUCGACAGAAGAUCCCAACGAGGUGCAAGAAUUACGUCAUGAAUAUUUCAAGAAACCACUUCAUCAUGGUUUUAAGGCCUUCAUUGAACAUGUAAUGUCCAACGACCAAAAAUCAUCUUUCUUUGCUGGCGACGAGAUUGGAUCCAAAACGGUUGUUAUGACUUUUGCCAACAUUCACACAGACAUCAGUCAGUGUUUGGACAACAGCGGGAAAUGUCAAGUUGAACGACUGAGUGCGUAUAGAUCAGAGAAGCAGCUCACAGACAAAAUCAAUGAAUUUUGGAAUUCGUCAGAAAAAGAAUUGUUGGUUUUGCAGUGUAAAUCAGAUUUAGAUAGAAGGCAUCUUCUCCACGCCCGUUUCACCAUUGAAGAAUCUAGAAUUUCUUACAAACAAAGUUUAUAUAAGAGGGAUAAUUACGGACACAAACACGUUUGUAUCGUAAUGCACGUGAGACGUGGGGUGAAUGGAGAUGACAUCUCGUGGCAGUUUGGUUUCUUGUGUGGCUGGCGACAAGUGUUCCUUGACGUCCUUGAAGCUCCUCAGGUUCCACUAAGUAAAAAUGUCGAUGGAAGUAUCCAGAGUUUUCUAAUAUAUAGCAAAUGGUCCAGUAGCGAGAUUGCUGUAGAUUAUCUUUCGUGGUGUUUAACCAGCAUCAAAAAUACACAAAACCAACGAACUUUGGACAGUGUUUUGUACAACUGCAAAAAUCUUUUCAAUUCAGAAGAAGUUUCCCAAGCCAUCGUAACACUCAUCUUGCAAUCGAUAGAUUCAAAUGCCCACCAGCAAGAUCAAGAAAGUCACCAAAAAGAAAAUUGGCAAGUUCAUGUUGCUUGUGACCGUCAGUUAUUAGUCAAUUCAUCCACGCUUCACUGCGCAAUUGAGCAGUAUGUCAAAAGGUCAAUCCAAAAUCUUUUAGCCAGAAUUGUUUAUUUCCUAGAGGAAAAAAAUGCUCGGCCCCCUCAUUUGUCUCGCGACUCCACUGAAAUCCUAGCCCGAGACCUAACAAAGUUGUGGUGUAGUUGUUUGGUGGACAACUCCAUCGUUGGAAUUUCUGACAUUUUAGAACAUGGAGGAAACCAAACGAGUUGGAAACUCGAUCUUUGUCUACCUUUCAGCCAAGUAGUAGCUGGAAAUGUUAACAGCUUUAGGGAACAAUUCCUUGAUGAUUACCGUUUACUUAUGACGAACGAAGAAAAUUUUGGGGAAGAUGGGAAGUUAAAAACGACGGUUCAAAAGGAACAACUGAAAGCGUUUGCUGUAAAGAUAUCAAACUUGGUUGGUUGCUAUACUUCUGACUGUCACUAUUUGUACAUGGAGGAUCUUGUUGACGUUGUAACUGCCGAAUUUAGCCAAGUGUUAUCUCGUUCUCAGCGAGUAUCCAUUGCACAGAUUAAAUUCAUAUCAGAAUUCGGGCAGAAUUUGCCAGCGAAUGAUAUGGCUGAAUUUUGCACAAUUCUCCAUGGCUUUUUAUGGAUUCAUCAAGAAAAGAUAAUUGACCUGCUGAAAAUGGUUGAUCUGUGCAGGUCAUUUAUAGAUCUUAAAAUUCUGAAAAGUUUAACUGAUGGUCCUUACCAAACCUCAAAAAAGGUUUUGUUUGUGAAAGAGGAAAGAAAUAUUUCUCAAGAAGAAUCAAGUGCGCAAAAAGGUGAAAAGAUUUUGCCUGACGGUUCAAUUGAUGUGAGACCUGGGACAGAGGAACUUGAAACAGAUGAAACUGAGUUUAAUUGCGACGACGAAUUGAAAGAUGAUGAAAAGGCAGAAGAAAGUAAGCUGGAUGACAUAGAGCUGAAACUCGAAGGACAACCAGACGACAGUGAAGAAGAUUCUGAAAGGCUCGAAGACAUCUUAGUAACGGCGUAUUGUGAGAAAAUGUUUCCUUCUGUGGAAACUGUCGAUAACGAUCUUGAAAAGUGGAAGCAAGGAGCAACCUUGGUUCUUUCAUCGGCAGUCAAAGUUAGUCAAUGCGCCCCAGAAUUCCAUUUUUUACGUUUGUGCGUUGACUUCUCAAGGAUCGUCCCGAAUAAUCCUUUACUGCAUACUCUAAGUGACAUUGGCAAAGCUUUAAGUCCAAAAUACCUGGAUCACGAGGAAGCAUUCGAAAGGAUAACUGAUGAAAUCAUUAAACCAGCAAAAAAAGAAGUGAAGGAUGACGAAGAUAAAUACGAAGCAUUACAGAAAUUCUCAUCUCUGUUUUAUGGCCGUUGUAUUGAUACGAAUGUUGAUACUUGUGGUGCUUCUCCGAUAGUGAAACAUGUUCUGUCAUUGAAGAAACCAGAGUUGGUAAUGAUGAUGAGUCCCGUUAUUCUACGGCUACUUAUGGUGGAAGAAAUGCAGUCUCCAGGAAUAUUUAUGAGAUUAAUCCAUCAACCAAGCGCUAUGGAGAACUGUCCUUGUCUUGAGAUUAUCGACGAAGUAUUGAAAGAUUGUUUCUCGAAAGGUUCGAUGCAUCACGAUUCCUAUCCUGCAGUAAUGAUAUGUGAUCUAAUUCAAACUCUGUUAAAUUUCGAUCGUUUGAAAAACGGAAACAAAAUAACUGGCACAUUUCGUUUCGACGAGGUAAAAAGUCCUGAUUGUGAGGUUCUUGAGCUUGCUAAACUUGCUAUAAGAGUCGUAUCCCAAGACAACAAAGGCGAAAGUGGUUUAAAGAUUUUCUCAGCAGUAGCAUUUCUCAGAAAACUCUUUACAAUGUUAGCAGAGUUUAUUGCUAGAAAUCCCCGUGCUGUAAUUGAAACGAAAGGAAGUCCACAUGCUAUAUUGAUGACUGAAAUCGAUUCACUACUCAGGAAUCCCAAAACUCCAUUACAAUUGUUCUUCAUGAAACAACUCCACAAGCACUUUAGUCUUUUCGAUAUAAAAAAGUUGUUUGAAACGGACAGUGUUCUCCCGACAAUAACGAAACUAUGGAGCGAUGAAAAGAUUCAAAACAAGGCGGUAUUUACAUCUGUAGUGAUGUACCCAGAGUAUAAAGAAGCAAAAGAGGCCUAUUGGAAAUCUUUAUCAGAAGACGACAAGCAACCUAUGCAGAAAUUCUUAGAUGAAUGUAGAACUUCUAAAAAUCGUGCUUUUGCUCUUUUUGGAGUUCUUAUAAACAAUGUCUAUUUGAAACGUGCAGUACAGACACUCGAGGACAAAGAAGAACAAUUAGUCAAGUUCAUUGAAGAAACCCUUUCGCGUUGUCGUGAUUCGUUGUUGUCUUAUGAACUUUUGUUGAGAGUUAUGGGCCGUCGUCAUUUCAAUUGCGAGCAACUUCAACUGUCGCCCGAAUCGUCGGUAGAGAAUGUAGAAUUGGCGUUAUUAAUUCUUCACAUUGCCUGGGUCGUGUCUAGUGUCCCAUCUAGACUACAUCGUGUUUUUGUACAAAAAAGUGACGAGACAAGUUUCAUAUCUGUAGAUCUACUAUCAGCCAAAGAAUCAGUCCGUCUUACAUGCCCAUGUGGACUAAGGUUGGCGUUUGGAAGCAAAGUCAGUGAAAGAGUGUGUCCAAAUUGUCACAAUGUCUGGAAAAACGAAUCAAUAGCCAGUGAAAAUUCAUGUCUUAAUUCGGAUCCUCGCACAAAAAAGGCAAGUCCAGCCGUCCAUCGUGCACUACACCUCAUCAGCUACUUGUGUGACUACUCUAGAUUUGCUCUUGAAACAGCAACUAAACAUGGUCUAUCCAAUCCAAUCAAAUUGGAUUUAGAUCCCGAAAUCGAUCCCGAAAACCAUUCUGCAGCUUGCUUUAAAACUAUCAGAACUGACUUAUCUGAUCUAAUGAAAAUUCUUAGUUGCAAGAAAGAUAUCGCUAUAAAAACCAUGCACCUCGUGAUUGAGGAAACGUCGGAUCUUAUCGAAAAGAAGUUUCUUAGAACAAACGACUUCUCAUGGGAACACGAUUUUUCCAAACGUACUCAAAAAGUGUUUUUGAAGGCGCGAAAUUUGUCCGUGGGAAUCAAAGAGAUGAUGAAACUACAACAAACAGAGGACAGUCAAGAAAAAGUUACUCUUGAAUGGCGAAUCUUAGAACUUGACGAGUAUCCUGAACAACAAAAAGAGCAGAACCAGCAAUUAAAGAGAUUAUUUCGUGAGACGAAGCAACCGUCAUUUGAAGAUUUUCUUUCAGCAUUUCUGCACUCUCCCACAGAGGUUCAAUCAAAGCACAGUUUCUUGGCUUUGUUCUUCGCGAAGUUCGACCAGCUCUUGGUCAUUGGCUAUCUUCAUCAUCUGCUGAAAUGGUCUCGUCUCGUAUCAUCAGCAUUGACCCACCGCAUUAGUAGGAAAGAUGCGCAAUCUAAGUCCAUCGAUGAUUUCAUCAUGGACUAUUUCCCGGAGUCAGAACGGACCCCACAGAAAACAAACGGCUUGAACCAGCUGUUCAAUAGCUUCAAGGAAGCAUGGAAUAAAAUGUGUCCUCUGGUUGAUCAAAAACUUGCAGACAAAACCCAAGAAAAAAUGCCCCAUAUACAGAAGAUGGAUUGCUUAGCGUACUGUUUAAUGGAAAGUGACUGUGGUAUUUAUCUUAGCACGGCUAUCGAAAUACUUGUCUCUUACCAAAAUUCUAUUUUAGAUUUCAUGCUUUCUAUUUCUUCCCAUCGCCAUCCAGCUCUACAUGCACUGGAAAAGCGCAAUUGCAGUGGCGUCGCGUGCGUUACAAUUCAAAAUGUUAAAGAGAAGGAAAUAAUCAGUUUCCAAUGGUCUGAUGACGUGUUCAGAUUCGCGCAAAACAAUCCCGAGUAUGGAAGAGGCCAAGAAAUCACCUACGAUUUUGAGAGAAUAGAAAUAGAGCUGGCAGCUAAAAUUGCGUUUGGAAAGUGUUACUUGACUGGAACAUUAAACGAGUUCAUUUUCGCAAAAGAAUUGUUCCACACUUGCGGUCGGUUGCUGACAGAGAUUCGAGAACGAGUGACGCAGAACGAUGAACUUCCCGAGGAUGUGUGUAAAGGAUUAGAUGCCAUGAAAGAACAAGGGAUGAAGAGAGUCCAAGAUCUUCUUCAGCAAAUCGAGGUAGUGAUGUAUCUUCUCCAAAGCAAAUUAAAGGAUUUCGAGGACGAAAUGACCUUGGAAGAUCUCGCUGAGAAAUGUUCAAAGAUGUUACCAGGUCUUUUUCCGGUAGACCUGUUACCCGAACCCACAAGUUCGAUUAAAGUAGGGCACGUUUGUGCUCUUUACGAAGCUCUUGAAGAUAUUCUUACUGAUGGUGCUAUCGAGGGAAUUGCUGGAAUAUUUCGUGAACAGUUCCCAGAUGACAUGAGAGAAAGCGUUGACGAUAUGUUGAGCAAGAACGUAGAUCAGUUUAAACCACCCAACUUCUUAAAAGUGUUGCGUCGCUUUGUGUUUCGCCAUCUUUCAUCUGGGACUGAAAGAUACUGGCCUAAAGAAAGUACACCGUUACGGUCCUGUUUGAAAGAACCAUCGCUAUGGUCUCCACUUGAAGCACCAAAUAUGGACGAGAUCCCGCGAGAAAUUACUCUGGAAUAUACCCAUUCAAUGCUGAAGUAUGUUGAAGCUAAAAAAGAAAAGCCAAACGAGGUACAGAGAAGCAAAAGUACAAGUCAAGCAAAUGUAAGAAUGUCGGCUAGGACAAAGAAACGCCAUCUUCAAAACUUUUCAAACGCAUGAGGUGAAAAGGAAUUUUUGAAAGCAUCAUAAAUUUUAAAGUAGAUGAUAUAUUACACAUUUUUAGUAAUAGUUAUAUAAUCAACAUUUAAUUGAAGACAUGAUAAUGAAACAGUUCGUUCAGAAUGGACGGAGACUAAAUGAUCGCUACAACCAUGCAUGCAGGGUAAUUGUAGAAAAUAAGUUGAUUAGCACCUCACGUACGCGCACAAGGCCUUUUUUAACAAAUAAUUUUGGGGGCAAAUGCUCCCCUCACUCUCUCCUUGUUUCCCUCCACGAAUUUCUCUUUCCCCCCACUCCAGGAAAGGUUCAUUUGGUGUGUAAAUAUUGGCCAAACGACCACGUUCAAAGAUCAGAAGAACGUAUUUUCAUUCCCUUAACACACCAGGGGUGGAUCCAGCACUAGUGCACUAAUUUGCAUGGCACAAGAAAACUGCUCAAAAUAGCCAUUUUCUUUUGUAAUGUAAAUUAGUGCACUAGUUCUGGAUCCACCCCUGUAACAAACCAAGCUUUUAGAUUGAGCACGUCAAAAAGUGUGCUCAAAAAUGCAUGAAAUCAAAUCAGAGAGUAAAGUUACCUGGGAAAGCACCUCCAGACCCAAACUUUUCCCCCAAACGUUUCCAUUUAAAUGCCUUUUGUUUAUGCCACCCAAGAACGAUUUCUUAAAAAAGGCAUACGCACGCGCACUUAUUAUAUAUGCACCAAAAAUAGCAUAAACAAGCGUAAACUGUGCUCAAACAAUUACUUUAUAUCAUAGGGCUUUUGAAUCAUUUUUAUUAAUUAAUUAAUAUCAGUUGCAACUUCAUAUAUAUCGCAGACAUUUGAUAAUGUGAUUUAGCCAAAUAUAUGACAUAAUAUUUCU